GUCGUCCACCUCCUCAACACAUCGUCGUCCACCUCCUCAACACAUCGUCGUCCACCUCCUCAACUCAUCGUCGUCCAGCUCCUCAACACAUCAUCGUCCACCUCCUCAACACAUCGUCGUCCGCCUCCUCAACACAUCGUCCACCUCCUCAACACAUCGUCGUCCACCUCCUCAACUCAUCGUCGUCCGCCUCCUCAAUACAUCGUCGUCCACCUCCUCAACACAUCGUCCACGUCCCAAGCACGUCGUCGCCUCCACCACCUUGGACAUACAAGAUGACAUGAACGACCGAACGUGAGUGAGAGAGACAGAGAGAGAGAGAGUGUGAGUCGGACAGUGGUCGUGGUGGCCAGCAGGAGGAGGAGGUGGUCGUGCUUCCCCCCGAAGAUGUCGUCGCCAAAAUCCCCCAAGUCAGCCCUCAGUAAGAUAGGCCUGGGACGACCCCGGCCCCUGAGGAUCCUGGUGCUAGGUCAGGCAGGCGUCGGCAAGUCAGCGUUGGUGGUGCGGUAUAUCACUCGGCGGUAUAUCGGAGAGUAUGACCCCUGUCUAGAGCGAGUAUACCCACACACGGCAGUCAUCGACACGGAAACCUUGGCCCUAGAGAUACUCGACUCAGCUGGACAGUCACAUGAGACGGACAGUGUGCGACUGGAGGGAAACAUCAGAUGGGCGGACGUGUUCGUGUUGAUGUACUCCGUGACGGAUAAGUGCAGCUUCGACGACUGUAACAGACUCAAGUUCCUCAUUAAUUACAACAAACGCAAGAGACGCAUUCCCAGCCCUACCUCCAAGGACGGGUCGUGGGAGGUGCCAGUGGUGUUGGUGGGGAAUAAGAAGGACCAAGGAGGGGACAGGAUGGUGACCACGGAGGAGGGCUUCAAGCGAAGCAGGGACAUCGGCUGUCAUGCUUUCCAUGAGAUCUCCGUGAGAGAGAGCAUCGAAGAGGUGUCGCGGGUGUUCGGGGACGCCGUCCGCUACUGGCGUGAGGUAGUCAAAACGCCCAAGCUCCGACGAGCUUCUUCCGACCUCCAUGACCUACCUGCCGAUCCCCACAAGGCCCUACACCCACCAGUCAGCGUCCCAGACUCUCCAUCCGAGUCACGGUGGGUGUCGCUGGUGUUGGGGAUCCGAGGCAGGAAGACAUCGGAGGAGGAGAGCCCAGAGACGGAGGUGGACCCCCCAGACCAGCCCUUCAGGAACCGUGCCUCCACCGAUGGACACCUCCACCAGCGACGCCUCUACAAACUCAGGAUGAGCCUCAACCUCCGAGCCUUCAACCUCCAUGAGAGGAGGAUGAGCAUUGCCAUGCGUGGUGCCACCUGUGGGUUCUAAACAUCUCACUGCUAGGGGUUAAAUACAGUACUGUACUGUCUGCUCAGAGUGAAGGAGACAUCUUAGUCUCCACCCUACCUCUUUCUUCUAGCUUUUAAUGUGAAGAAAGAAUGUUUAUAUUGUAAUACAGAGGCCAUACAGUCAAUGUGUUGUUCAUAGAUAUGUACAGUAUGUGAAGAUUAAUAUUAAUUCAACUAAUGGAUGGUCAACUGUCUCAAAUGAUUUAAAGACAAUACAGACAAAAAAAAAAUAGAUAAUACUGUAUUUAUAAAGAAUCCUAUUCACUAAUUCCAUAUAGAACUUACUGAUCUCAUUCCAAUCAGUGUCAGAGGUGAUCUUUCAUAUUCAUACAGCUGAGUACAAUAGUUGUAUUAAAGUAUACUACAGCAAAGUACUGCUUGCCUCUGAUGCUUAAUGCUGCUACUUGAUGUAACUCAGUAAGUCAAGGCCUUAAAGGGGUAGUAACACUUGUCAUUCCUCUUGUCUCUACUCCAAACGUAGAAUUUAAUGUGUAAUGUCCAGCAGCUGCAAUAGAAGCUUGAUAUAGUAUCUUCAAGUAAAUAUAAAUCUUUGUACAUCAAUUACAGGUAUGUAAUUGAUGUACUUGUGAAUGCUAUCUAAAUUUCCUAAUAUCUUCUGUAUCAGUUACUGAAAUGGUAAAAUUUUUCCAUAUUAGGUUAAAAUAAUUUAUUGUGUCUAUUAGGAUGGAAAUAAUAUUGCAGCCUUUAAUUUUUGGAGUUGAUGCACAACUGCAUUUUCCAUUUGCAACUUAUAUGAUUAUAAUUGUUGUUUUGAUGAUCUUCCUGAACCAUGGGGGUUACUUGUCCUCUGGCUGUGUUAAAGCAUCUAUAAAUGUUCCAUUUAACUAAAUUGUAAAUAUUCAAGCAAGAAUAUCCUUUUGUGUUACAACUAAAGGGCUGUGCUGGGGAUAUGAAAUUGACCCACUGACCUAAAAUCAAUUGUCAUCUUCCUUGAGAGAUGACAAGCCUAUGUCUCAUGGUGUCACACAGUAACAAGUAUAACAGAUGAGCCAGACAAAAGCCAAAUACCAUGACACUAUCUACUGCAGCAACAUUACAGUUUUGAUGUGUAACAUAGACAAACUGAACUACACUGUAUAUAGAGACAACACUGGUGUCUUUAGCGUUGUACAUGUACACAUGAUAGCGACCUUAGGAUUUUGCAAAACACAUUAGCCAAAAUUAACACACCCAACUUUGCUUCUCAUAUUUAUGCUGCAUUCACCGGCAGGCUCUGCUGAAUGUGUUGUUGCAGCAUCUCUGAGCCACUUGUAAGCUCCCAGUGAGGAUGUGGUUUUGUCUAUGUACAACUUCCCUCUCUUGCUUUGUUAUAUAGCCAAAGUAUGAUUUCAGAGAACCUGCUUUUAAGAUGCACAGGUAAUCAGAUGUACCUAAACCUUUCCAAACUUAAAACUUGGUCAGGUUGAAACAAUAAUUUGAUUGACAUCACUGACUAGAAAUCCUUGAGCUGGGGAUGUCACUCCACACACUAAUAUAUCUCUAUCACUGGAAAAAUGCGAACAAGAAUUCUAUUGCCUUUAUCGUUGUUGUUGCUUUAUAUUGUUGUUGCAUAAAUAUACUGCAUAUAGAGGACAAAGAUUAACCUUAGUGCAGUGAAACUGGCCUUAAAAUGAAAAUGAAAAUGCAGUACUGUAUUAUGAUAUUCUUCCAGAUAACACAUAUUAAAACUAAAAAGAAGUCGGCACCUACAGUCACAUAAGGCUAACAAAAUGUUCAGAAUUGGUAGAAUAGUAAACUUCUCCCAUGAAUUUUGGGAUAAGAUGUAGAAAAUGGGCACCACUUCAUUUCUUGAUGUUUUGAGAGGGAAAGGAAAUAGCAAUUAAAUUACAAAAAUCCCAUGUUAGCUCACUGUACACUGUACAUACAACAGUGUUUCAUUAGUUUAACAAUUAAAUUUUUUUUUAUAUUAGUCAAUGACACAAACAAUCCAAUCCUACCAUAACCAAUCCAAAUCAGACCACACCUCACAUAACCUAACUCAACCGAACAAAAACCAACAAUGGUUUAUUGCCAUAGCUUCCGACAUGAUGGUCAACAACUAAAUAGAUUUUCAUUCAUAUGGAGAUUUAUAAACAUGAUUUUUGUUACUUGAAAUUUGCUUUUCCUUUGUUUACUAAUGAAGUAGAAACCCAUAAAGAAUUUGAAAUAAAAUGGUUCCCUUUUUCUAUACCUUCACAACAUUCAGUAACACCUACCCCCAUC